AUGUGGCCCAAGGGAAAGUUGUCAGAUGAGUCGAGUGAAGAUCUAGAGGAGAAGAAGACAACAACGAGGUCCAAUGUGGCCAUCGUUGAGGAGCCUCCCAAGGAUGCGCCAAUAGAUGCUAGCAGAUAUGGUUCAUGGAACAAGCUUACCCGAGUGACAGCGAGAGUCUUUUGGGUCAUACAAAAGUGGAGGGGGAGAAUCCAGGAUGAUGAAAAUACAGCAGGAAAGAUACCAACACUCAACGUUGAAGAUAUCAGAAAGGCAGAGUUCUACUGGUAUCGCCACAUUCAGAGGAGCACAUAUAAAGACGAAAUCCAGACAUUGGAGAACAGAGGUGUUCUUAGGAAGAGUCGCAUCCUUAAAUUGGAUCCCAAAUUUGACGAAGUCAACAAAGUGCUCAGAGUAGGCGGCAGGUUACAGAACUCGGAGUUGAAAGAGGAGACCAAGCACCAAGUGAUACUUCCGCACAACCAUCCAAUCGUGGACAAAAUAGUCAUGGACAUGCAUGAGGAGUGCAUGCAUGCAGGAUCUGAAACAGUUGUAACCAACUUGAGAAGCAAGAUUUGGGUAACUCAGGUCAGGAGGGAUGUCAAGAGGAUUCUAAACAAAUGUCUUAUCUGUGAAGUACGAAGAGCAUGUCCAUCCAAACAGAAGAUGGCGCCGCUUCCUUCAGAUAGAGUGUCUUUUUCGCCUGCCUUCUCCGUGGUUGGUGUAGAUUUUGCUGGGCCGUUGUACGUACUCGAGGUACGUGGAAAAGACAAGCCGGAGAAGGUGUAUAUUUGCCUCUUCACCUGUGCGACGUCGAGGAUGGUACAUCUAGAGUUGACUCAUCGACUAACAACAGACGAGUUUCUUCAGGCAUUUAGGAGAAUGGUUAACCGCCGAGGGAUCUGCAACACAAUGUGGUCUGAUAAUGCGCGAACAUUCAAGUCUGCAGGAUCUUUCAUCAAAAAGGUCUUCGUUAGGGCAAAUAGCAUCAAAGAAACAGAGUUGGAUACAGAUGCUUUGACUACGCAGUUAGCUGCCAAGGGGAUAGAAUGGAAAUUUAUCGUUGAGCGAGCUCCAUGGCGAGGUGGCUGGUGGGAGCGGUUAGUUCGGUCAGUCAAGGAGUCAUUGAGGAGAGUGUUAGGGAAGGCACUUCUUAGAUACACUGAGCUGUACACAGUCUUGACAGAUGUUGAAGCUGCGAUCAACUCUCGACCGUUGACAACCAUAAGUGAUGAUAGUAGAGAUCUGGAACCUCUAACGCCAGCUCAUCUUGCAUUGGGAAGGCCGCUAAUGGGAAUACCAGAUGUAGCAGAAGAAACAUGGGAGGCAGCUGAUACAAUUGUGACGCAGCGCUACUUGUAUAGACAGAAGUUAGCCAAUCACUUCUGGAAGAGAUGGCAAAACGAAUAUCUACCAAGUCUUACAGUGAGGAAAAAGUGGGAAACUGAGAAGCCACUGGUAGAAGUUGGAAGUAUCGUGCUGAUAUCUGAGGAUCGUACACCUAGAGGAAGUUGGCUGCUAGGACGGGUGGAUGAAGUCUAUAUGGGAAAGGAUGAAAUCUGCAGGACCGUCGCAGUAAGGACGAAAAAGGGCGUACUAAAGAGACCGAUUCAACGAUAA